ACCCUGCCUGUCCCUUUGCAAAUGGGAAGGGAUGAGCCAGCUGCCCAAGCACAGAAAUACCUGACAAUCCCUCAUCUCUGAUGCCUUUUGGAUCUUUGAAUCUGGUUGCUUUCUUACAGCCUUUGACCCCCAUCAUGGCCUCUAGUGUAAAAGUCAUCUUCCUGUUUCUUUGGUCGCUUCAGUGCGGAGGAGGAAGUGUUGAUGUACAACAGAAACCUCCGAUCCAGGUUGCACUGCUCAAGGAAGGAAUAUCCAUCCCCUGCAAAGUCAUCUUUCCUUACAUGCCGAAAUACACGGAAUUUUCAAUCUUAUAUUACUGGAUUAAUUCACUGGGCCAGAAUACAGUCAUCUAUAGAAGGUCAGAAAAAAUAUCCAUCCCUUCUGGAAAAGAGAAUGAGACUGCUGCCCUAUCCUAUGACCACAGAAUUGUACCCCUUGGAAGCAACUUUUCUACUGGCACAUACUAUUGCGAGGUCAGAUGGAAUGACAUACAAAAAAUGGGAAAGGGGGUGUUUGUCCUUGCUAGAGAUACAGGGUACCGAGAGACCCCUUAUGAGUGGGCAGUCCUCAUUACUCUUACCACUUUUCUUGCUGCAUUGAGCAUCACUGCAACAGUUCUGCUUCUGUGGAAAAGAAAGGUGCUGUGCCCCAGAAGAAACCAGCUAAAUAUCCUGAGAGAGAAGGUGGAAACACAGCCCCCUCCAGCCAGCCCACCACCACCUUCUCCUGUCUAUGAUUGCCUGGAUUUGCAGCAAGUUGAUGUCUACUCCAUCCUCGAGGACAACACAACCAACCUGUCACCCAGAAAGAGUCCUACAAGGAAGACACCUAAGAAGCAAGCAACUCUAGAAGAAUCCUCUGAUAAAUUGUAUGAAAAUAUCUAACAGGGAAAAUCUGACCCUCUGUGAACCAGACUUUUUUCUGUACAGCAGAACUACUCUCUUGUAUCCCCAGUUCUCUGCGGAAAUCCACAAUGACUUCAGGGCACAACCAGGAGGGACUUGUGAACCCACAGCUCCUUCUAAACUAACCUUCAUUAACAACAAAUCCACCUGCUCAGAUCCCACUGGGGCUCAGUCUGCAUUGAUGCAGCAAAGCUGUUUUACAGCAAAGCCAUUUGAUGCGAAAGAAAAGAUGCCUUUGUCAAGCACUCACAUGUAUCUUAGAAAUAGUGCAGAGGUGGUCUGUGCAGGUUUGUCUCACCUGGCCUGGCUGAAGUACUUAUAUCUUUAUCCUCUGUGAAUGCCAGGACAAUCCAGAGACCUUCCUGCUUGCUGGCUUGAUCUUCAAUCCUGACCUGCAGCAGUCCAUCUGAUCCUGUGCCUACAGCUUUCAUGGCAUGGCCAUCAGGCCUUCAGGCAUAUUUCAAGUGAGAUCCAAGCAUCCACCUGCCCAUUUUUCCUUUCUUAGGAACCCCACAAUGAAACAUGCUUUCUCAUAAUCUGAUAAUCCCAUUAAGUAGUCACAGAUGCCUGCAUACUCAUCUGACUCAAAUCAGUGCCUCCAAGUAAAUGCUUUCCCUGUGGCAAUAUCUGCAGUAAACGGUGAGGAGUGGGAUGCAUGGACAAAGAUGGAGAAAAGAAAAACAGAAAACAACCCUGCUUGGCACCAUGUUCUCCUGGCAGUACCCUAUCAAUAACAAGGAUGAGGAAGAAGGAGGUGAGACCCCAAGGAAACUCCCUUGCUGGGACUGCAUAUGCCAAGUGGGUCUGGGACCAGGUUCCAGCCCAGAGAAAUUCAAGCUGAACUCCUCGAUUUCCUGCUCUUUUUGGCAAUGGGCGUUGUUACCAUUUGGGAUUUUGAGCCUCUGUGGGAACAGGCAUGGUACCUCUGCCCCACCAAACCAAUAGGUUUGUCUUUGUUUCAGCUGGCUGGCAUUUGCCAGCAAGGGUAUAAGGCUCUUUUACUCUGCUCCCAUAAGUUAUUUGGCCAAGUAGGCCAGUUCUGAAACUUAGAUUGGAAGGAGGCAGGAGGCCCUAGAGGUGAAUUUUCUGUCUGAGCAUUCUCUCUCCUGUCAGCUGGAACUUGCCUACUGCUUGUGCUGAUGCAUAUUCUACUUCUAACAGGGAAGAGGUUACAUUAAAUAUCCAUAUAUAACACGAUCAAACCAGUGGAUCAAAAAGCUGAGGCUGUUUUAUCUCAGAUUAAAAACCAACAACAAAAUAACAACCAAACAAAACCAACCCAAAAUAGGAAUAUGCAGCAUAACUUAAGAGGAAUUGUAGAAACCUCUUUAAAGAAGAAGAUCAAAUUAAAAUUGAGCUCCAGGGUCAUAGGACCCUCUCUAGUUGAAGAUAAUGUUGCUAUGCAUCAGAGAUAGAAGCUGUGGAAAAUGUCUCCAGGGCCUCCAGCCUUCCCAUACUAUGUUUAAAGAGAUAAUCCUCUUAUUGCUUUGCUUUUUUUUAUUAGAAGAGAUUUCAAACAUGCAAUUUGGACUUUCUUCAACCACAGGAAAAUGCUUUUUCUCUUCCCAGUGUUGAGAAAUUCACUUCAGAAAGAGCAAUGCAGACAGCAAGGCUUAUUAGACCUGUUUUCCAUUUAAGUAAUAGUGACAAUUAUAAAUAAAUAUUUUUGAAGUCCACAGUUUUAAUAUUUACUAAUAUGACCACAAAACAGUUGUGCUCACAGAAGAAUAUACAGAGGAUUGUGCAGGUGUAACAAUUCCUUUCCUUAACAAAUUUGAAGAAAUUAUGAGAUGAAUUAUAAAUAUGUUGCAGCAUGGCAAUAAAAUAUUCAGCAGAAGCUGGUGGAUUAGUUGAAAACUGAAAACU